UUAUCUGUGUUGGUAGAGGCUAGAGAGUAGAGAGUCGUGAUGAAGUUGAAUUGAUGAAACCAUGGAGGAAACAAAUUGGGAGCAGAGAGUCCAAGCACUUACCCAUGUUCUUACAAACCCCACAAGAAACCCAUCUCUCCAUUCUCAGCUAUUCAUCUCUACCCAGAUCCCCUGCUACCUCAAUUGGAGCUACCCACCAAUUCUCUGCAAUAAAGAUCAACACACCAACGCUUUCCCUUCUCUGCAUCUAAGAUGGGGCUUCUCUCUCUUCCUUAAAAGGGUCUCCAGAUUAGGUGCCCCUGAAACAUCUUGGAGAUCUAGAUGCCCGUUUCAGCAGCCCCCGCCAUUGAUACUCGCUAAAGGAGUCGAAGAAGCCCAGUGGGGAGAUGAACAGAGGAGAGAUUAUUUUAAGAAGAGAUUGAGAAGGAAACGCUUCGUGAGUGACGUUAACCCUUUAAUUCCUAUCAUGAUUCCAAAUAUCUUGUUGCUUUCUCUCUUGUUUUGGAAUCCCUUUCCCGAAGAUAAACUCUAAUAAAUUUUUUACUGCGUUUGAUU